AUGGGGGAAGGGGACCGCUCGGAAGGAGACUUGCAAGAGAUCUCGAUGCCGUUGAAUGAUGAGGCGAAGAGGAUCCAAAAUGAGGAGUCCAGGAAGGGAGAAGAGACAGCGGAAAGAAGGAAAACAAAGGAAGACGGGAAGAAAGACUUGCAGGAAUCGCCAGAAGAGAAGCUCUUCUCUUUCGUCCAGGUUUUGACAGCCAUGUGCGCGUCCUUCGUCCACGGCGGCAACGACGUCAGUAAUGCGAUCGGUCCGAUCGUGGGGAUGUGGUUCAUCUAUCAGACCGGGAUGUUGACAUCUGUGGCGGAUCCGCCCCUAUGGAUCUUGUUAUUCGGAGGAAUUGGGAUCUCUUGCGGACUCACCAUUUGGGGACGGAGGGUCAUGAGGACCAUCGGCAAGAAACUCACUCUGAUCACUCCAUCCAGGCAGGAGCGAAACCCUAAGUGGAGGACGCGUCCAUACUAA